AUGGGUAUUGGAUACUCAACUCGUGAACCGACAGUCCACAGUCACCAGUCGCUGACUGACUGGGAUUGCUCCCGGUGCGAUGCCCAGUUUUCAAGGUUUCAGAAACGGUCUCCAGUGUCUCCAGUUUCAUCUCCACAGACUGGGCUCGAACAGGUGUCCAUCGUCGUGGUGACCAGUGACCACUUGUCCAGUCGUCGCGUCAGACUUCGGACUGCUGGGUCUCGAGAAAGGAGGAAGGGAGAAGGAGAAGGAGAAAGGAAGUGGAAGACUUGCUUGGCUUGGUAUUGUUUGUUCGUGUCGUGCUUGUUUGUCGGCAUCACGAUGGGCGAGUUCCUCGGUUGUGUUCCUUCGCCGAGCGAAGCGAGACCGCCGCAACUGACUGCAGUGGGACUGAGCCUGCAGCGACUGCAUGCCAUACGAUGCGCUGGGUCGGGAUGA